AUGGAAGCAACCACACGACGUGUCAAAGGUGGUUUCGAGACAGGGCUGCUUUGGAGGUUCAACAACAUCUGCUUUCCCGAUAGCUAUCCGAUGGCAUUGCGGCGAUUGCAUGCGUUGGAGAAACGACUAAGUCGAGAUCCAGUUCUUGAAGCAAAGGUGAGAAACCAGAUAAUGGAAUAUGAAGUGAAGGGUUAUGCUCAUCGAACUACGCCAGAAGAACUUCGAUCUACGAACCCAAAUAAGGUCUGGUAUCUACCUUUGGGAGUCAUACAGAACCCGAAGAAACCGAAUAAGUUGCGGUUGAUAUGCGACGCUAAAGCACGAGCAGGAGGAGUGUCGUUCAACGACAUGCUAUUAAAAGAUCCUGAUCUGCUGGUAGCCCUGAUGGAGGUAUUACUACGGUUCAGACAAGGGAACAUCGCAAUAGUAGGCGACAUAAGAGAGAUGUUCCAUCAGAUUUGGAUUCGAGACGAAGACAAGCAGGCCCAGCGAUUCAUUUAUCGAUCAUGCCCUGGGUCAGAACCCCAGAUAUAUACUAUGGACGUUGCGACGUUUGGAGCGACAUGCUCGCCGAGUCUGGCACAGUACGUAAAGAACAAAAAUGCAACGGAGUUCGCGAGAUCAUUUCCGAGAGCGGUGAAAGCCAUAACAGAUAACCACUACGUGGAUGAUUUUCUGGACAGCGUAGACACAGAAAAGGAGGCCGUCCAGUUGGUUAACGAAGUGAAAUUCGUCCAUUCUCAAGCAGGAUUCGAUAUCCGUAACUUCUGCUCUAAUUCAGUCGAAGUCCUAGCGAGAAUCGGAGAAACGACAGAACGCCAGCAGGUAUCCAUGAACCUGGACAAAUCACCAGAGUCUGAACGGGUGCUGGGAUUGAUCUGGAGGCCAGCAGACGAUGUCUUUAGCUUUGACUUGAGCAAUAUGAAGGAGGAGAUUAGGGAACUUGUCGAGAGUAGAACCGUUCCUAGCAAACGACAGGUUCUGCGAACUGUAAUGUCCCUAUUUGACCCAUUGGGACUCAUUUCACACUUCGUGGUGCAUGGGAAGAUUCUCAUGCAACAGAUUUGGAGAACCGGAACGGACUGGGACGAACUCAUUGUGGAGGAAUUGUGGGAUCAAUGGAAGCAGUGGUGCCAAUACAUGCAGCGUUUGGAUGAAGUGAGAGUACCACGCUGUUUCUUUAAAGGGGUGAACAUCUCUGCACUCAAAGAGGCGGAAGUUCAUCUAUUUGUGGAUGCGAGUGAAUUGGCAUGUGCGGCGGUUCUUUAUCUCCGAGUCCUCGACAGCGGUAAGCCCAGGUGUGCUCUGGUAGCCGCUAAAACUAAAGUGGCCCCACUAAAACCUCUCUCCAUUCCACGUCUUGAGCUUCAAGCAGCGAUGAUCGGGACAAGGUUGAUGGACUUCGUCCUGAAAUCCCUGGAUGUCCAAAUAAAGAAACGCUUCUUGUGGACAGAUUCCUCAACUGUUCUCUGCUGGUUGCGGUCUGAUAGCCGGCGGUAUCAUCAAUUUGUUGCCUUUCGUGUAGGAGAGAUCCUCUCAACAACUACAGUGGAUGAAUGGCACUAUGUACCAUCAAAAAUGAACAUAGCCGACGUAGCCACGAAAUGGAAGGAGGGGCCAAGCUUCGAUCCGUCCGACUUCGAUUCGACCAGUCCGUGGUACAAUGCUCCAGAAUUUUUAUACCAAGAACAGGAGCAGUGGCCUUCAGAACCCCCGCGGAAACAAGCAGAAACAGAAGUCGAACUGCGUUCUGCAUUUUUAUUCCACGGCAUGAUGCCGAAAGCCGUUGUUGAUUGUUCCAGGUUUUCAAACUGGAAUCGUCUAUUGAGGGCGACCGCUUACGCUUUGCGUGCUGUACGCAGAUUUAGAGGGGAACCGGCGUCCCAGUCGGAUUUUCUAUCUCAAAAAGAGUUAUGUGAUGCGGAAAUAGUGAUAUGGAAGCAGGUGCAAGCUGGAACCUAUUCAGACGAGUACGCGAUUCUGGAGCAUAACCUGACGAAUCCCACAAGUUUAGCUCCAUUCCCGAAAUCUAGUCCACUCUAUCGACUUUCGGUAUUCUUGGAUGAACGAGGUGUCGUCCGAAUGAACAGUAGAAUAUCUACUUCGCCGUCUGUAUCGUAUGACACGAAAUUUCCGAUUGUGCUGCCAAGGAAAGAAUAUGCAGUCUAUCUUCUAACGGAGAGCUAUCACCGGAGGUUUCUUCACAGGAACGGGGAGACAGUCUGCAAUGAAAUGCGUCAACGAUUCUUCGUACCCGGACUUCGAAUUCUGAUUCGGCAGGUGGCAAAGUAG